AUGGCCAACCUCGGUGUUCCCGUCAAGCUUCUCCACGAGUCUUUGGGGCAUAUCAUCACGGUGGAAUUGAAGACUGGCGAGAUGUACCGCGGAAAGUUGAUGGAAGCCGAAGAUACCCUCAACAUCGCUCUCCGUGAAAUAACCGUUACCGCCCGGGACGGUCGAGUCUCUCAGCUGGAACAGGUGUACAUCAGGGGAAGCAUGAUCAGAUUCAUCAUUGUGCCGGAUCUGCUUGCUCAGGCGCCUAUGUGA